GCCUCAGCUCACUUUUGGCUUUCCUGGCCCACCGGAGACAUGUCGGAGACCGCUCCCGUGGCUCCUGCCGCCCCCGCCCCUGCGGAGAAAACACCUGUGAAGAAGAAGGUGAAGAAGACCGGCGCAGCCGCCGCCAAGCGCAAGGCGUCCGGGCCCCCGGUGUCCGAGCUGAUCACCAAGGCCGUGGCCGCCUCCAAGGAGCGCAGCGGGGUGUCGCUGGCCGCGCUCAAGAAGGCGCUGGCGGCCGCCGGCUACGACGUGGAGAAGAACAACAGCCGCAUCAAGCUGGGCCUCAAGAGCCUGGUGAGCAAGGGCACCCUGGUGCAGACCAAGGGCACCGGCGCCUCGGGCUCCUUCAAGCUCAACAAGAAGGCGGCGGCCGGCGAGGCCAAGCCCAAGCCCAAGAAGGCGGGCGCCGCCAAGCCCAAGAAGCCCGCCGGGGCGGCCAAGAAGCCCAAGAAGGCGACGGGCGCCGCCACCCCGAAGAAGGCUGCCAAGAAGACCCCGAAGAAGGCCAAGAAGCCGGCGGCCGCCGCAGGGGCCAAGAAGGUGGCCAAGAGUCCCAAGAAGGCCAAGGUGGCCAAGCCCAAGAAGGCGGCCAAGAGCCCCGCCAAGGCCAAGGCAGCCAAGCCCAAGGCCUCCAAGCCCAAGGCAGCCAAGCCCAAGGUCACAAAGGCGAAGAAGGCGGCCCCCAAGAAGAAGUGAAGUUCUGCUGGGGCGCUUCGCUUUGCCAAACCUCAAAAGGCUCUUUUCAGAGCCACCCACAGAUGUCGGGGAAAAGAGCUGAACCGUAGAUGGGCAAGUAUGGAAAAAGUUACUACGCGGUCUUUAAAAUUGGCGCCCUGCAUUGUAUUGGCUGGGCUGUUUCCUUCCACGGAGAAGCUAAGCGCAUGCGCCUGGCUCCUGACGUGCCCUCUUUUGUUGUAAAGACGCUGUAGGCUAAACUUUGCUUUUCGGCCGGGGCACUCCGAGGCGGUGGUGCGGCCCGGUUGUCGGACGCGGGGCUGAUGGUUCCAUGCCGAGUUGCAGGAGCCCCUGUAUUGUGCGUUGCCAGCCGCAGGUGGCUCCGGGUCAGGCGCCCCGCCGCCCCGUGCCAAGCACCGGCCGCGUGUCCCCGGGAGACUUGCACUGUCGCUGUUCACUCGGACGUAGCUGGCCAGGGUGCAGCAGACUCCGCUGCUGACUGGUUCUGUGCACCUGGGUCUUGGCGUGCGAGUGUCCUUAUUUUUUUGGACUUGCACGUGUUUACGUCAGUUGGAGAGUCCCCUUUGGUUUUGUGAAGUUUCCUUUCUUGUUGGGUUCGCAAAGCUAUUGGGAGUUAGCCAAUCAGAACCUGUCUCGGCUUGUUUGCGUGGGCUCCUGAGGAGUGCUGCACCAAUCGCAGAGCGACUUAAAAAGCAGUUGCAGGUCCCCCUCCUGCCCUAAUUUUCCUUUUUCCCCUUCGCUGCCCCUGAGUUUGAUUCUUGUGUUUCCUAACUUUACAGGCAGCUGAGCUAUGAUGUAAUAAAGUUUAACAGUUUUCCAUA